GUUUAUCCGGAAGUUAGAUGUCGCAAGCCUGACAAUUUACUCAGACUCCUGUGGACUAAAGUUGUGCGGGCGACCUGACAACAGAUUUAUGUCUCAACAUUAUCAAUGAGGAAACAGCGCAAGAAAUAAUCAAAGUCCCAAGUGGCACAAGUUGUUUUUUAUCGUCCGUUUUAUUCGCGCAAAGCCGAUACUCUGUGGUUUCUGCUUUUUUUAAAUACGGGUCUACAAGGCAGUGACCCAUGAGAUUAACCGGCCCCCUCAGGGUUUUAGCUGUGCUGCUGUUGGUGGGGCUCACAUGGCUGGUGGGAAGUGCAUUGUUUGGAGGCGAGAGCAAGUCAUCUGUUUUGCAUUUCUUCCUUGGAAAAAGAGAUACGAGUGCAGAACCAACCACAGGUGAACCUCGCCCUCGAAGCUAUAAAUGUGGACUUUCAGCCCCCUGCCCUCCAAAACAUUUGGCUUUCCGCCUGGUGUCUGGUGCUGCCAAUGUCAUCGGCCCCAAAAUCUGCCUGGAUGACAAGAUGUUAUUGAGCAGUGUGAAGAACAAUGUUGGCAGAGGCCUAAACAUAGUUCUGGUCAAUGGUGUAACAGGAGAGCUCAUAGAUAUAAAGUCCUUCGAUAUGUGGGCUGGAGAUGUGUUGGAACUGUUGAAGUUUCUUCGAUUGCUCCACGAGGGAACGCUUGUGAUGGUGGCUUCCUUUGAUGAUCCAGCCACAAAGCUGAAUGAAGAGGCUCGACAUCUGUUUGAGGAUCUUGGGAGCACUGCUGUGAAAGAUCUGGCCUUUAGAGACAGCUGGGUGUUUGUCGGAGCCAAGGGCAUCGAGAAUAAGAGUCCCUUUGAACAGCGUAUGAAGAACAAUAAGCUCAGCAACAAGUAUGAAGGUUGGCCUGAGUCUUUGGAGAUGGACGGCUGCAUUCCCCUCCGACACCCUGGAGUAUCACCAGGGGAACAAGAUGACUGUUAAGGAGCAAAGGACCCACCAAAUGACUGAAAACAUCCAAGGUUUUAAGCCAUGUAACUUUUAUUUUCUCUCUCAUGGCACACAGACAUUUGCUGACUUCAGAGAUUGCCUUGGGACUUAACAUAUUUAAAACAUGGAACCAGUAAUGGAAGAUUUGCCCAUUAAUCUCUGUAAAACACUUUUGCAUUGUAAAAUAAGCAAAGGGUGGUGUAAAGUGAAACUCAAAGGGCCAAAUAUUUCAUGACCAAAGUGUGACAGCGACUAGUGAAUGCAGACACCCUGAAGUAGGUCUUCCAGUUGUUCCCCUCAAGCCUUCCUGUAGCCGUCAGGCACUGUGCACUAACAGUAACAAGAAUAUGAAGUUGAAAAUGUUCAGCUGAUGAAAGACAAAACCAUUUUCACUUGAAGGCACAGUACAAGGCAUACAUGAGAGUUACUGUGACAGUUUAAGAAGCUUUACUGAGGUGUCGGUCAGAUUUUAUAUUUAAAUCCGGUAAUAUAUGGUAAUAUAUUUUUCUUCCUGCGUUCUAUAAAAUUGUGUGACAUUAUUCUGAUAAUGUUAAUAGACACUGUUUCCUUAGAACUUGGUGCACAGCGCUUACUGCUUGUCACAUGUUUACAGUAUAAUUAGACAAUAUUAACCUUGGUUGAAUACCUUUAGUAAACCUAUUUGUUUUUAUACUGUUAUGGAGAUCCCCCUCACACACUCACACACGCACUGGCCAUGAUUUUAAUGCUGUCUCAGGUCUGCAGGCGUUUUUCACUGAGGGCUUUGUUUAAAAUAUUCAAACUAAAUGCGGCUGUGUUUGUCUUUUAAAAAAAAAGUACAAGUUAAUAAAAAAUGUUGAAUGUAUCUACCUGGCAUCUUGAAAGCCAAAUGUGUAGUAAUUAUUUGACACAUAAUUUAUGCAUUGUUAGAUGUCCAUUUUAGCUGCUUUGUUUGGGAUUGUGUUAAUGUUGCCUCUAAUUCUCUAAGUUUUUCUACUAAGCAUCAAGGUUUGUGAUUAUUUUGUAACACUGAUGAUGAAUAAAAACAAAAAAAAAUA